AUAAAUGGCCUCCUAAAUAAAAUUUCAUGAUUUCUUCCAAAAAAACGGCAUUGGGGAUUGAUCCAUUCAAUUUCUCCACUGCAUUUUCUCAACUGUGUACACAUGGGGUUUCCCACGACUUAUCUGCUUUCCUCCCAUUUCUUCUCCGGUGGAACCCUGCUAUUCAUCGCACCCCAUAUCCCCAAACCCUUUCCCUGUGCCCAUCGGAAACUUCCAUCGCCGCAAUCAAUUCUUAGCAAGAACCGACCGAAGAAUAAGGCCACUCUGACUGCUGCUGCUGCUGCAUUCAUCUUCUCUUCCGUUAGUCCACAUGCUUAUGCCAUCGAUAAUACUGCCCCGGCAGCUCCCCCCGUUUCGGCACAAGCUGAAUCGCCUAAACCUGCCCCGUCUAGCUCCUCACCCUUCUCCCAAAGUCUUGUUUUGACUGCGCCCAACCCGCAGGUCCGACCAGUUUCCGACCUGCCAGAAGGAUCGCAGUGGCGGUACAGUGAGUUCUUGCACGCGGUGAAGAAGGGAAAGGUUGAGAGGGUUAGGUUUAGCAAGGACGGCAGCGUUUUGCAGCUCACUGCCGUCGACGGCCGCAGAGCAUCUGUGGUUGUGCCCAACGACCCGGAUUUGAUUGACAUUCUGGCCAUGAACGGGGUUGACAUCUCGGUCUCAGAAGGCGAUUCUGGUAACGGCCUUUUUGGCUUCAUAGGCAAUUUAAUCUUCCCUGUCCUCGCCUUUGCCGGGCUUUUCUUGAUUUUUAGGCGAUCCCAGGGCGGUGUGGGCGGGCCUGGAGGACUUGGAGGGCCAAUGGAUUUUGGCCGGUCCAAAUCCAAGUUCCAGGAAGUGCCGGAGACAGGGGUCACAUUUGCUGAUGUGGCGGGAGCCGAUCAAGCGAAACUGGAAUUACAAGAAGUGGUUGAUUUCCUGAAGAAUCCAGACAAGUACACGGCCUUAGGAGCAAAAAUCCCCAAGGGAUGUUUGCUAGUGGGGCCGCCGGGGACGGGGAAAACCCUGUUGGCGAGGGCGGUGGCGGGGGAAGCAGGAGUGCCGUUCUUCUCGUGCGCAGCAUCGGAGUUUGUGGAAUUGUUUGUGGGGGUCGGUGCUUCCAGAGUGAGGGAUUUGUUUGAGAAGGCAAAGUCGAAAGCGCCGUGCAUAGUGUUCAUUGAUGAGAUUGAUGCGGUGGGGAGGCAGAGGGGGGCGGGGAUGGGUGGUGGGAAUGAUGAGAGAGAGCAGACUAUCAAUCAGCUCUUGACAGAAAUGGAUGGGUUCUCGGGGAACUCGGGUGUGAUCGUUUUGGCUGCCACUAACAGGCCAGACGUUCUUGAUUCUGCAUUGUUGAGGCCGGGGAGGUUUGAUCGGCAGGUGACUGUGGAUAGGCCCGAUGUUUCGGGUAGAGUUAAGAUUCUUCAGGUGCACUCGCGAGGAAAGGCUCUGGCAAAGGACGUGGACUUUGAGAAGAUAGCUAGGCGAACCCCAGGCUUCACGGGUGCUGAUUUGCAAAACUUGAUGAACGAGGCGGCCAUUCUUGCUGCCAGGCGUGAUCUCAAGGAGAUCAGCAAAGAUGAGAUCUCUGAUGCUCUUGAGAGAAUCAUCGCUGGCCCUGAGAAGAAAAAUGCUGUUGUCUCCGAAGACAAAAAGAAGCUGGUUGCUUACCACGAGGCGGGGCAUGCUCUAGUUGGAGCACUGAUGCCAGAGUAUGACCCAGUUGCCAAAAUCUCCAUCAUUCCUCGUGGCCAAGCCGGGGGACUCACCUUCUUUGCUCCAAGUGAAGAGCGACUUGAAUCCGGGCUUUAUAGUAGAAGCUACUUGGAGAAUCAAAUGGCUGUUGCUCUUGGUGGGAGGGUUGCAGAGGAGGUGAUAUUUGGAGCAGAUAAUGUGACCACCGGGGCAUCAAAUGAUUUCAUGCAAGUCUCGCGUGUGGCCAGGCAGAUGGUAGAGAGGUUUGGUUUCAGUAAAAAGAUUGGGCAGGUUGCCAUUGGUGGAUCAGGAGGGAACCCUUUCUUAGGUCAACAGAUGUCGACGCAGAAAGACUACUCAAUGGCAACAGCAGAUAUAGUCGAUGCGGAAGUAAGAGAGCUAGUAGAGAGAGCAUAUUCCCGAGCAAAGCAGAUACUUACCACUCACAUUGACAUCCUACACAACCUCGCCCAGCUCCUAAUUGAGAAAGAAACUGUGGAUGGGGAAGAGUUUAUGAGCCUCUUCAUUGAUGGCAAAGCUGAGCUUUAUGUUGCUUAAUUAAUAAUUAGCAUGUUGUGUACAUAUAUCAUCCAUCAACUCACUCCCAUACACUUGGUGUGUGGGUGUGUCAUACGAGUGUAGAAGUAUGAUUAAAUAAGUUUUCAAUUGGAUCACAUUUUCUUGUUUAGUUUGUUCUGGCCUGAAACUGUAAUGUGUCAUAUAAUAUGUAUUUACUAUUGUCUUAGUGUGGUCUAAUAUAUUUUAAGUUUGCUCUAUUGUGAGAAUGAAAGUGAUAAUAGGAAGC